AUGCACAUAUGGCGUUUAACUCCUGUAAUACCAACGUGUGUCUACUUAAUGUCACGGAUUGCUGUACACAUGGAGAUCGAGGGAACUGGGCAAUGCCCUUCGCAAGUUAUGCUUGCAGCUACCGUAGGUUGCGAAGAGUUAGGAAUAGCAAAUAAAUUAUUAGCUCAAAGUAUAUUUGGAUUAUGGAUGGGAAGUGCGCUUCUUGAAAUUCAACUCAAAGCUCAUCACCGACCCUAUGCUGUACGUAUAUUGUGGCCGAAGCUUCUUCAGAAAUUUAGUCAUGGAAAUCUUACACAAGUAACAUUUGACGAGCCAAUGCUAAUGUUAAGGCGAAGCGUUUUUUUCUCAAGACGAGACGAAGAAAAAAUUAAAGAUCACAGAAUACUGGAACUGUUAUAUGAAGAAGCCAAAUAUAAUGUACUGUGUGGACGUUACGUAAUGGAACCCAUCCAUGCCCUUAUGUUAGGAGGCAUACAGGCACGAAUAGAACUUGGGCCAUUUAAUUCCAAUACGCAUACAACUGGAUUUUUCAGAGAGAAUCAGUUUCGUUUUUUACCUAGAAGCGUGGCUAAAUGUUCAAGUCUAUCAUGGCUUCCUCUGAGUCGCAAAAACUCCGCCGAACUUAAGCUUUUGGAGCAAUUUAAGCGCGUUCCACAUACCGCAAACUCUAGGAAAUUAAUAAAAAAAUAUUUGGAAUUUUGUUGGUCAUUACCAUUUUAUGGGGCUGCCUAUUUCUACGGGCAAAUAGAGCAGUCAAUGCAUGGUUUCAAACAUUUUUUAAAUACCAAAGAUGUUAAUGUUUUGAUAGCUGUAAAUGAAAGAGGUGUUUAUAUAAUAGAUCCUGCAGAAUCG